GCUCUGCUGCGGCUGGCGGUGGGACCAGUUAAGAUGUAAGCUGAGAGGCACAGAUUUUCAUUCACCGCUAACGCUAACUAACACCUAAAUACAUACGCUACAAGGUUUCAUACACAAGUUUCUGCGUGUGUGCAAAACAAGGAGCCGGUAGCGAUAGCCUAUUAAGAGCAAUCGCCACCGACGGACGGGCAGCCAUUUUCGCGAAUAUGGCUGGGGAGGUUCGGGAGGCCUGUUGGGGCCGUCGCCUGGAGCGAGCUCAGCCCGGGGGCUGUUUAUCCCUGUCUCGGACGUUUCUCUCUAUCGCUGCCCUGGCAGUCCUGUUACAACUCCCGACCCUCGCCGAAGCGAAAGAAUGUGAAAAGCCCUGCAUGAAUGGAAAGUGCAACGCCGCCACUGGCAACUGCCUGUGCGACCCGGGCUGGGUUGGGGACCAAUGCCAACACUGCGGCGGCCGCUUCAGGUUGUCUGGCUCCUCUGGCUAUCUGUCUGAUGGACCAGGAAACUACAAGUACAAGACCAAAUGCACCUGGCUCAUAGAGGGACAGCCGAACAGUAUACUGCGGUUGCGCUUCAACCACUUUGCCACAGAGUGCAGCUGGGACCACCUGUAUGUCUACGAUGGAGACUCCAUCUACUCCCCACUACUGGCUGCUUUCAGUGGUCUGAUCGUGCCGGAGCGCUAUGGUAAUGAGACGGUUCCUGAGGUGGUGGCCCAGUCAGGAUACGCCCUCCUGCACUUCUUCAGUGACGCAGCGUACAACCUGACAGGCUUCAACAUCUCAUACAGGUUAAACACGUGCCCCAACGACUGCUCGGAGCGAGGUGUGUGUCGGGCGGCCAGUGAGGAGGAGGGCGGCGGUGUGGUGUGCGACUGCGAGGAGGGCUGGAAGGGGGAGGCCUGCGACGUCCCCGCCUGCCCCUCCAACUGCGGACACCCCCACCGCGGCCAGUGCCGCAACCAGACCUGCGCCUGUAAAACCAGCUGGCAGGGGCCUGACUGCUCCAUCCCGGUCCCAGGCAACGUCUCCUAUUGGAUGAGGGAGGAGUUCAGUGGGCGGGACGUGGCGCGGGCCUCCCAUAAGGCCGUGGUGCACGAGGGCGUCAUGUGGGUGGUGGGCGGACACGUCUUCAACUACACGCACUACGACAUGGUCAAGGCGUUUGAUCUGUCCAAUGAGACCUGGCUGAGUCUCAGUCCAUCGGUGAACUCUGUGACCCCCCGCUAUGGCCACUCUCUGGCCAUCUACAAGGACAAGCUGUACAUGUUUGGUGGCAAGAUCGACUCCACGGGCAACGUGUCGUCGGAGCUGUGGGUGUUCCACCUCAGCAACCAGUCCUGGGUCCUGGUGCCGUGGCGGGGCAAGGAGCCCUACGCGGUGGUGGGCCACUCGGCACACACCGUCCACCUCAAGCCAGACGGGUCGGAACCGGUCGUGCUGGCCAUCUUUGGCCACUGCCCCCUCUACGGCUACAUCAGCAAGAUCCAGCAGUACAACAUUCUGAAGAACGAGUGGAGUAUUUUGGAGCCUCGUGGGGCGCUGGUGCAGGGUGGCUAUGGCCACAGCAGUGCCUACGACCCCCACACCCACGCCAUCUACGUCCACGGAGGAUACAAGGCCUUCAGCGCUAACAAAUACGGCCUGGCAGGAGACCUCUACCGCUACGACGUGCUCAGGAACAUGUGGAGCAUCCUGAAGGACAGCGGAUCUUUCCGGUACAUGCACUCGGCCGUCAUCGCCAGCGGGACCAUGCUGGUGUUUGGGGGCAACACGCACAACGACACCAGCAUGAGCCACGGGGCCAAGUGCUUCUCCUCCGACUUCAUGGCCUACGAUCUCGCAUGUGAUGAGUGGUCCGUGUUGCCCAGGCCUGAUCUGCACUAUGAUGUCAACCGCUUUGGCCACUCCGCUGUGUACACCAACAGCAUGAUGUAUGUGUUCGGGGGCUUCAACAGCCUGAUGCUGGGUGACGUGCUGCGCUUCUCUCCGGCGAGCUGCCUGGCGCUGGGCGGCCGCGAGGAGUGCCAGGCGGGCUGGGCGGGCCGGCGCUGCGUCUGGAACGAGACCCUGAAGGCGUGUCUGACCUGGGAGAGCGCCGCCCCUGCACCGCCCCCUCUCAUGCAGCUACUACAGCAUCAGGACGACCUCAACAACACCUGCCCACCCAAGACAUAUGCAGAGAACAGCACGUGUAACCAGUACUCAGACUGCUACAGCUGCACGGAGAACACCAACGGCUGCCAGUGGUGCUCAGACCAGUGUGUGUCCUACAGCAGCAACUGCACUGCUGCUAUGGGUGCUAUCGCAGCGUAUGAGGACUGUCCUAAGGACAACCACUCGUAUGUGUGCAACAAGAAAACCAGCUGUAAGAGCUGUGCAACAGACCAGAACUGCCAAUGGGAGCACAGGAACCAGGAGUGCAUCACCCUACCCGAGAACGUGUGCGGCGAGGGCUGGCACCUGGUGGGCAACUCGUGUCUGCGUCUGGUGGCGGCGAAGGACAACUACGACAACGCCAAGCUGCAGUGCCGCAACCACAACGCCGUGCUGGCCUCGCUCACCUCCAGCAAGAAGGUGCAGUUCGUACUCAAGGAGCUCAAGGACCGAUCGCUCUCGAACAAGGCGGUGUCCCCGUGGGUGGGCCUGCGUAAGAUUAAUGUGUCCUACUGGUGCUGGGAGGACAUGUCCCCCUUCACCAACUCCCUGCUGACGUGGCUGCCGGGCGAGCCCAGCGGGGCGGGCUUCUGUGGCUACCUGGCCGAGCCCACCUCCUACGGCCUGCGAGCAGCCAACUGCAUCAGCCCCGUCAACGGCAGCCUGUGCGAACGCCCAGCGAACCAGAGUGCGAAGGCGUGCCGCACGCCGUGUGCGCUGCGCUCCACGUGUGGCGAGUGCACCAGCAGCACGUCCGAGUGCAUGUGGUGCAGCAGCAUGGGCCAGUGUGUGGACUCCAACGCAUACGUGGCCUCCUUCCCCUACGGACAGUGCAUGGAGUGGUACACACACAACAGCUGCCCACCGGAGAACUGCUCUGGGUACCGCACCUGUGGCCUGUGUCUGGAGCAGCCCGGCUGUGGCUGGUGCACGCACCCCAACAACACGGGCCGGGGCCAGUGCGUGGAGGGCUCGUACCGGGGCCCCAUGCAGACCCUGCUGCCGGCCCCCUCCUCCUCCAGCCCGAGCCCGGCCCCCUCCUCCGCGGGGCCCUCUUCCUCCUCCUCCUCCUCCUCCUCCUCCUCCUCCCUGGGGGUCCUGGGGGUUCGUGCCCUCCCCAUGCCCCCCGUCAUCAACGCCUCCAUGUGCCCGCUGGACAUCCACUACAACUGGUCCUUCAUACAGUGCCCAGCGUGCCAGUGUAACGGCCACAGCCAGUGUGUGAACGAGAGUGUGUGUGAGCGCUGUGAGGACCUGACCACGGGCCGCCACUGUGAGAGCUGCAUCGCCGGAUACUACGGAGACCCCACCAACGGAGGAUCCUGCCAACCCUGUAAGUGUAACGGCCAUGCCAGCAUGUGCAACCCGGCCAACGGCAAGUGUCACUGCACCACCAAAGGCAUCAAAGGAGACCGCUGCAACCAGUGUGAAGUUGAGAACCGUUACCAAGGCAACCCCCUGAAGGGCACAUGCUAUUAUACUCUCCUGAUUGAUUACCAGUUCACCUUCAGCCUGUCACAGGAGGAUGACCGCUACUACACCGCCAUCAACUUUGUGGUCACCCCUGAUGAGCAAAAUCGGGAUCUGGACAUGUUCAUCAACGCCUCCAAGAACUUCAACCUCAACAUCACCUGGGGCACCAGCUUUGCAGCUGGUACGCAGGCGGGGGAGGAGGUGCCCAUCGUGUCCCGUAGCCACCUGAAGGAGUUCAAGGACAGCUUCUCCAACGAGAAGUUUGACUUCCGCAGCAACCCCAACAUCACCUUCUUCGUCUACGUCAGCAACUUCACCUGGCCCAUCAAGAUCCAGAUUGCCUUCUCUCAGCACAAUAACUUCAUGGAUCUAGUGCAGUUCUUCGUCACCUUUUUCAGUUGUUUCCUGUCGUUGCUGCUGGUGGCUGCUGUGGUGUGGAAGAUCAAGCAGAGCUGCUGGGCGUCACGGCGACGGGAGCAACUCCUUCGUGAGAUGCAGCAGAUGGCCAGUCGACCCUUCGCCACUGUCAGCGUCGCCCUGGAAACGGAUGAGGAGCCGCCAGACCUGAUUGGUGGAAAUGUAAGGAGCGUCCCAAAGCCCAUCGCUCUGGAGCCUUGCUACGGUAACAAGGCAGCCGUCCUGUCAAUCUUCAUCCGGUUACCGCGGGGAUCCGGAGGACUCCCGCCCCCUGGCCAGUCAGGUGUGGCUGUGGGCAGUGCUCUGGUGGACAUCUCUCAGCAGAUGUGUCUGGGCUACAAGGAGAAGUCGGGGGGCAUGCGGAGCCGCAAGCAGCAGCCUCUAGCGCAGCCCGCCACCUGUAUCUGACCCCACGGCACUGUAACCCCCCCCCCAACCAGAGAUGAACUUUGACCCCAUGAUAAAAACACCAACCCCCUCCUGCACAUGGACACACACACACACACACACACACACACACACACACACACAAACACCCUCCAAACAACCCCCUUCCUUCAACCCCUUUACCCCCCAGGACUGAGCCACACCACGCCACGCGGGGAGGGGCUGAAGCAUUAUGGGGGGCCUGGGGUAAAUAAAAACAACGCAGCAAGCAGCAUGGGGGGUUGGGGCCGCGGCUUCAUAAGCUUGCUGUAAGCGCUAUGGACAACUAGGCACAACAAUAUAGACAAGACAGAGUGGCGCACAGCAGAGGAAUGGAGAGACUUACUAGAUGGACUAGUGGACAUUUGGAUGGAGGGCUGGAUAGAUGGACGGACGGAUGGAUGGAUGGAGUAGAGAAAAGUUGUAGAGAAAGUCAUCCUCUGCGGCUUGUAGUUGACGCCAUCCUCAACGGACUUGUUACACAAAGGAUUUCCUCCUUCCCGGACUUCCGCCAACAUCUCAGCGUAAUUUAUUGAUAUUAAUUGCCGUUUUUACAUUGUUUUGUUUUUAUGUUCGUUUCUUUUUUUGCAUCAUGUUUUUUUUGUUUUUUUGUUUGUUUUUCUGUCUCAACAAGUCAGCAGCUCAAGUCAGCGCCAUUUUCUACAGUGCUCUCGUUACCAUGAUAACCAGUAGCCACCUAUGAUUGCGAUGACCAACUAUUAGUUAGCGAUCAGUACGUAACGCUAGUGAUGCUAAUAGUUAGCGUUAGCAAUGCUAACGGUUACCCGAUGCACUGCGCUCUCUAGCUCUCUCUCUCUCUGUAGGGCCACUUCUGUGUCUGUGAUGGAUCAAUUACAAUGUUCCACCUGAAGUGUGCAGCAAUUGCUGCCAUUGUCCUGCAGAGAGUGUUGACGGCAAAAUAGCAGGCUGCUAUGCUAGCAUAUGUAGCCUCGUAGUCUCUGAGAGGUGUAGUGUUCUGAUGUGUGUUUUUUGGGACAAAAGACUGCACUGGGUUCCACAUGAAUCAUGGGUCACUCAAGCAUGUGUGUCUGUGUGUGUCUGUGUGCGUCUGUGUGUCUGUGCAUAUAAAUGCCUUAGCCUUCAUUCAUGUUUGUGUGUGUGCAUACAAGUUACAAGUCUGGUUAUGAAUAUGUGUGGAAUGGUCUUUUGAAAAGCGCCCGUGCGGGUAUGUUCAAUGCAUAUAAACAUCCCCCACCACCCUAUUUAUCAAGCUCUCGAUGCCAGUCUCCCUUGAUAACCUUUUUGGCAUUUCUAAGUGCACAAUAGCAAACCCAAAGUGCAUAUCAGAGAGCUGGCUUUCACUUCCCACCAGACUUUUCUGGGGACAAUUUGUCAGUUUUUCAAAUAGACUUUUCCCCCCAUGUCACACAAGAUAGCGUUGUUGUCAGGAUUUGUAUGGAAACAUCCCUUAGAGUAAAGCGAGAGACAGACAGAGAGAGAGGGAAAGCAUUGCAGUAAUUUACCAAUUUCGAACAUAAUCUGGUGUCUAUUCAGCUGCUAGUUUAGCCCUUUUCUCUCCUUAUCUAAGAUCAGUGUUAUUCUUCAGUAGCCUUUUCCUCAUGCUGGAUAGGAAGAUGGGUGAAUGGAGCCAUGCAGCGUAGACAGACGGGAGAAAGAGAACCUGACCAAUAGACGGCUGGCAAGGAGAAAAAUAAGCGCCCAACUGCACUUAUUUUGUGGAAAAGGUUUUCAAAAUGCCAGAAAGUCUUUUUAGGUCACUGAUGUGAGACGGGAACGUACAGAGCGCACGUGCGCCACACACACACACACACACACACACACACACACACACACACACACACACACACACACACACACACACACACACACACACACACACACACGCACUCAGGAAGAAAAUAAAAUAAGUGCACACAUAUAAACAACUUGGUACUUAUCUUCACAUGUUUAAAUCUAUACUUACACUCGUGAUUCUGACAUGAAAAUGCCUAUUAUACCCAAGGAUAUAUAUGCCCUAUAACCUCUGUCUGCACCUUACAUUCUCAUGUCCUUUUAUGUGUAUGUAUGUGUGUUUGGGUGCUUGUAUGUGUCUAUGUGCACACAAGCACGCCUGUGUAAGUGUGUGUGUGUGUUCGUGUGUGUUAGUGUCUGUCUGUCUGCCUGUCUGGAUGGAUGCGUGUGUAUUUGUGUAGACCCAUGAGAUGGAACACACAACUACACACGCACCCAGACACAGAGACACACACUUACACAGGCAUGCGUGUGUGUACAUACACACACACACACACUCCUGUGUAAGUGUGUGUGUCUGUGUCUGUCUGUGUCUAGGUGCGUGUGUAGUUGUGUGUCCCCAAUAAUCCCUAUGGCCUAGAGGGGUGAUACAGAGUGUGCAAAGGUUACGGUCUGAUUUACUAACGGAUCUGACAUUCUGUGUAAAGGACCAAAGAGGGGGCCAUCGAGGCUGGGUGCCAUCUAGCCAACUGUGUCAUUUCAGAAAACCCAGCUGGAAUGUGUGUGCCUGUGUGUGUGUGUGUGUGUCUGUGUCUGUCUGUCUGUCUGUCUGUCUGUCUGUCUGUCUGUGUCUGACUGACUGACUGACUGACUGACUGACUGACUGACUGACUGCGUAUGUCUGUUUUGUAUGUCUUGAGGCGUCUGUGUCCGUUGAUGUGUGCAUGUACUCGAUUAAGUAAACAUGAAUUAGUUAACCAGUGAGUGCAUUAUUCUAGUGUAAGCCAAGCAAGCAGAUGAGAGUGUGGUUCAUCGCAGUGCGCGUGAGUGACACAUGAUUCAUGUGAUGCAGCUGGAGGGUCUGCGGGUUACCUCAGCAGGUGAUGAUGCUCAGACAGGAUGUGAUGUCUUAGGCACAGGAAGGCAUGAGUCAUCCAUGUGGCCUCCCGCUGGGGACUGUCCUUAAGUUGCUAUGGCGACGAGAGGCUCUAUUGAGUCAUAAAGGUCUAAGCAGAAGUAUGUGUGUAUGUAUGUAUUUACGAAGAGCCCGGGCAGAGCAGGUGGUCAACAAGUUUUUUUUUUCCCCUCUCUUAAGUACAAUCUUGGUACAAUAUUAUGUGGUUAAAUUUAGCACCAGGUUGACAUUUUAUACACAAACGUCCUUACAAACAUGUACACACACACACACACACACACACACACACACACACACACACACACACACACACACACACACACACACACACACACACACACACACACACACUCUCACACACUCCUGUCUCCUGUGGUGACUGAACACCAUUGAGGCAGUUCAUCAUUACACUCGGGUUCCGAACACACACACACACACACACACACACACACACACACACACGCACACACACACACACAUGCAUGAACAACAACAGGUCAGAGCACUGCUUCACCCGACGAGAUGUUCAGGAAACUGCAAUUUACCCACCCAUCAUGCUGUUUACCAUCACCCACAAUGCAGUGCGUCUCCUGAGGCCUCAAAGCCCCCGCGCCCCCCCUCCACCCUUUGUAUAGUCUGUGUAGAUAUUGAAUGGAUAGGAUAUGUGAAUAUGUAUAAUUUAGCAGCCACAAUGCUAGUGGUAUCUGUACAUACUGAGACUGUGAUGUGAAUGAGAUCGAAUUAUGCACACAUGAGGUUGCAAACAAGUCGAGCUCGUAGCAGCUUUUUAUAUUUUUUCGAGUACAGCAACAACAAAAAAACAGUUUAGGUGGAUGAAAUAUUGUGACGAAUUACUGCAAAAGAUGAAAAAUAAUAUGAACACACACUCAAAAAAACAAAAAACCUGAGGAUUAUAACUGACCUUGUAAUUAUGAAUGUACAUACAGAAUGAUAUAAAACAUUUUUUGUCUAUAAUUAAAUGUUAAAAAGGA